AUGGGUAGCACAAUAUACUCUUGGGCACAAGAUUCAAGCUUUCCAAACAGAACAACAGUGGCGGGCAAAAUAGUGAGAGGGGUCUUUCAGAUUCUCUUCUACUUGCAUUUGAUCCUAAUUGCAGGCUUGGUGAUUUUCCUUAUCACCUAUGGUCUUAUCUCCAACUCUCACACCCAGCAUUUCCACCCCAGGAAAUGGUACCCCCCACUUCUAGCAUCAACAGCAUGUGCUGGAAUUGUUGGUUUCACAUGGCAAUGGAUCACUGCCUGCCACCCCAAAAAGGCAGUUAGGGCAGCAUUUUGGCUGAGUCCCCUACUAACAUGUGCAAUGGGAGUUUUGUUCCUGUUCAUUGGCUCUGCUCUAGGUCUGGUAGCUGGUAUAGUUGCUUUCGUUUCUGCAGUAAUUCAAUCCCUCUAUGGUUGUUGGGCAAGUCCCAGAUUUGAAUAUGCCACAGGAAUCUUGUCAGUUUCAAUAGCUUUUCCUCCUACUAAAACCAAGGGGUUAGCACUUUCAUCAAUCCUCAUCAGUAUCCUUUACUGCUGUUUUCUGGUGUCCGGGAUUGGAGGAGCUAGAGCUAUUGAAAACAGAACCAAACUAGCACCCCUUUUCAUCUUGGUGAUCCUGCUGAGCCUGGGAUGGACUAUGCAGUUUCUAAAGAAUGCAAUGCAAGUCACCAUUUCAAGGGUCAAGUUCAUGCAUUUAGCUGGAGGAGUUGAGAUGGACACUAGAGUGGCAUUUCGUGACACAAUCAAGCACUUAACUGGACCUGUUUCCAUGGGCUCCAUCCUUGUCCCCAUCAUUGGACUCUUUCGGGGUUUUGCAAGAUCAACGAAUCUGCUUGGAGGACAAGCAAGUGAGAGCAUGUUUUCCUGUGUUAGUUGCUAUAUGAGGAUUGCAUCUCUUCUUGUGACCUGUGGGAACCGAUGGGGUUUUGUGCACGUUGGAGUUUAUAACAAGGGUUUUGUACAGGCAUCUUCUGAUACUUGGGAGAUGUUCAUCAGAGUUGGAUUGGAGCAACUGAUAGACUUAGAUCUCACUGGGGCCUUCUGUUUCCUUAGUGGGGUUGCAGCAGGUGCAAUCUGUAGCUUAGUGAGUGGAAUUUGGAGCCUUUUAGUGCACAAAAGUUAUGCCAUGGAAGUGACCAUUUAUGCUUUCCUCAUUGGCUAUUUCAUGAAUCGGUUGGCUAUGGCAUGGCCACAAGCAUGUGUUUCAGCUUACUACGUUGCCUACGCAGAAAAUCCAGAGAGCACUCAAUUUGACUCGACUAUUCCAAUGCGCUUGGAGCAGCUUCAAAGAUCUCAAGCUUUGCAAUUAGCCCAAGCUAAUAAUUUUCAGCCGAGCCUAAACAUUGAAGAGAUUAUUAACCAAGAAAGUUAUAUUAUCCCCACAGGAUAA